AGAGAAAGGCAGAGCAGGUGAACAUCUGUUGCACAGUUUUAUUUUCAUCAAGAGACCAGGAGAAGGGGAAAAAGUCAUCGAAACUGCUAGAAGAUAGUCAGACAUUUCUCUCAGCUGUUUGUCUGAAUUGCAAAUGAAGGCUUAAAGCGAGAGACGCGCAGAGACGGAUCGACUCAGGCUGCAGAGUUGAUAAGGAAGUGAUGAUGCAACCUGUGGCACUAGUUUGAUUAAGGAGCCUGUAGCAGCCUUCCAGCGUCACCGUGGCUGCUCCACUUACCGCGUAUCCUUGACCACAUUAUCUACACCAAUGGCUUCCAAGAAGAAGUGGGCUGAGCGGAGGGAACUGCGCCGGGAGCGUCCGUUCUCCACUCGGGAUGAUUCUUCUGCUGCAUCUGGAACAUCUGGGCCAGGGCGAGCCACCACCAAGGGACGUUUCUCAGAGUCAUGGAAGAGGAUCAGCUCCAGAGGGGGGUCUACAAAAAGGGGGGUACUCAACUCUCAGCAGCCACUGGCACAGAAAUCAUGGAUCGAGAGAGCGUUCAGCAAGAGAGAAUGUGUUCAUAUCAUAGCAAGCAUCAAAGACCCCCAUAGGUGCUGUUGUGGUCGUCUGAUAGGUCAACAUGUUGGUCUACCCCCGGGCAUCUCGUCCAGUCACAAUGAUAAGGCAGAGCGCUUAUCCAAGAACGACAGCUUGUCUGAGAAAUGGUCAAUCAGCAAGCAUACACAACUUAGUCCCACUGAUGCCUUUGGCACCAUUGAAUUCCAGGGAGGAGGACACUCCAACAAAGCCAUGUAUGUGCGAGUGUCUUAUGACACCAAGCCUGACCUGCUGCUGCACCUCAUGACCAAGGAGUGGCAGCUGGAUCUGCCCAAACUGCUCAUCUCUGUUCAUGGGGGCCUGCAGAACUUUGAAUUACAGCCCAAACUCAAACAGGUCUUCGGCAAAGGGCUCAUCAAGGCUGCCAUGACAACUGGAGCCUGGAUCUUCACUGGAGGGGUCAAUACUGGGGUGAUUCGCCAUGUGGGCGAUGCUCUGAAAGACCACGCCUCUAAGUCGAGGGGGAAGAUCUGCACCAUUGGCAUUGCUCCGUGGGGUAUCGUAGAAAACCAAGAGGACCUUGUUGGUAAAGAUGUGGUGCGUCCAUACCAGACGAUGUCCAACCCUUUGAGCAAACUGACGGUUCUCAACAGUCUCCACUCACACUUCAUCCUGGCAGACAACGGCACAACCGGAAAGUACGGCGCGGAGGUCAAACUGAGACGGCAUCUCGAGAAGCACAUCUCGCUGCAGAAGAUCAACACACGUAUUGGCCAGGGUGUGCCAGUGGUGGCUCUGAUUGUCGAGGGUGGCCCUAAUGUGAUCUCCAUAGUGCUGGAGUACCUCAGGGACACACCUCCGGUCCCUGUGGUAGUAUGUGAUGGAAGCGGCAGAGCCUCAGACAUCCUGGCCUUCGGACAUAAAUACUCAGAGGAGGGAGGCAUAAUUAACGAGUCUCUGAGAGACCAGCUGCUGGUGACUAUCCAGAAAACUUUCACCUACAGCCGCACGCAGGCCCAGCAUCUGUUCAUCAUUCUCAUGGAGUGCAUGAAGAAGAAGGAGCUGAUAACAGUUUUCCGCAUGGGGUCAGAGGAUCACCAAGACAUUGACCUUGCCAUCCUCACUGCAUUACUUAAAGGUGCCAACGCGUCGGCUCCUGACCAGCUGAGUUUGGCUCUAGCUUGGAACAGAGUGGACAUUGCCCGCAGCCAGAUCUUUAUCUACGGACAGCAGUGGCCUGUUGGUUCCUUGGAGCAGGCAAUGCUUGAUGCCUUAGUAUUGGACAGAGUGGACUUUGUCAAGCUUCUGAUUGAAAAUGGAGUCAGCAUGCACCGUUUCCUCACCUUAUCAAGACUAGAGGAGCUGUAUAACACGAGACACGGCCCAUCCAACACGCUCUACCACCUUGUCAGAGAUGUCAAAAAGGGAAACCUGCCUCCGGACUACCGCAUCAGCCUCAUUGAUAUUGGAUUGGUCAUCGAAUACCUCAUGGGUGGAGCAUACCGGUGUAAUUAUACCAGGAAGAGAUUCCGAACGCUAUAUCACAACCUUUUUGGACCAAAGAGACCCAAAGCCAUGAAACUGCUGGGGAUGGAGGAUGACAUGCCAAUCCGCAGAGGCCGUCAGAAGACCACACGGAAACGGGAAGAAGAGGUGGACAUUGACUUGGAUGACCCAGAAAUCAACCACUUUCCUUUCCCCUUCCACGAGCUAAUGGUAUGGGCUGUGCUCCUGAAACGCCAAAAGAUGGCGCUGUUCUUUUGGCAGCACGGUGAAGAAGCCAUGGCCAAGGCUCUGGUAGCCUGUAAGCUCUGUAAGGCCAUGGCACACGAAGCCUCUGAAAACGACAUGGUGGACGAUAUCAGUCAGGAACUGAACCAUAACUCCAGGGAAUUUGGCCAGCUGGCAGUGGAGCUCUUAGACCAGUCCUAUAAACAGGACGAGCAGAUGGCCAUGAAGCUGCUAACAUAUGAGCUGAAGAACUGGAGCAACGCCACUUGUCUGCAGCUGGCGGUCGCGGCUAAACACAGAGAUUUCAUCGCUCAUACCUGCAGUCAGAUGCUGCUGACCGACAUGUGGAUGGGACGCUUACGCAUGCGCAAGAACUCUGGCCUAAAGGUAAUUCUAGGCCUGCUUCUCCCGCCAUCCAUCCUGAGCCUAGAGUUCAAGAACAAGGAUGAGAUGUCCUACAUGCCACAAGAUCAGGAUACUUAUCUGCAGGAGAAAGAGGAGGAGGAACCUGAGAAACCGGUCAAGGAGAAGGAGGAGGAAGACAUGGAGUUCACAGUAAGAUCUUACUGUGAGGCGCAGUACAACUCCGUGGCCAUGCUGGGCAAGGUAACCACGGAGACAUCCAGAAAGAAAGAUGUAGAGGAGGUUCAGAACCGUCACCGCCUCAUUCCCAUGGGACGCAAGAUCUACGAGUUUUACAAUGCUCCAAUCGUCAAGUUCUGGUUCCAUACGAUGGCAUAUGUGGGCUAUCUGAUGUUGUUCAACUACAUUGUUCUGGUGAAGAUGGACCUGUGGCCUUCUCCUCAAGAGUGGAUCGUGAUUGCUUACAUCUUCACCAAUGGCAUUGAGAAGAUGAGAGAGAUCCUGAUGUCAGAACCAGGGAAGUUGUUGCAGAAGGUGAAGGUUUGGCUGCAGGAGUAUUGGAACAUCACAGACCUUAUGGCAAUACUCAUAUUCUCCGUUGGCAUGGUUCUGCGUCUCCAGGAGCCGCCACUCAUGAGCUACGGCCGGGUCAUCUAUUGUGUCAACAUUAUAUAUUGGUACAUCCGGCUGCUUGACAUCUUCGGAGUCAAUAAGUAUCUGGGUCCCUACGUGAUGAUGAUUGGAAAAAUGAUGAUCGACAUGAUGUAUUUUGUCAUCAUCAUGUUGGUGGUGCUGAUGAGUUUUGGGGUAGCACGGCAGGCCAUCCUCAACCCCAAUGAAGACCCAUCCUGGAUGCUAGCCAGGAACAUCUUCUUUAUGCCUUACUGGAUGAUUUAUGGAGAGGUUUUUGCCGACCAGAUUGACCAUAUGCAUAGUAGGAAGUUACAGCAAAGGCUCAAUGAAAAACUCUGGCUUGGUGAAAAUUACUUUCGAACUCACGGAACCUGGCGUAAUAAUGGUCCAUCCCACAUUGCCCAGUGCUGUCAAAAUUCCACCCCUUGCGGGCAGAAUGUCACUGCAGAGGAUGGGGUGGUGGUGGCGCUACCUCCCUGUAAAACAGGUGCAUGGAUCGUCCCAGCCAUCAUGGCCUGCUAUCUGCUGGUGGCUAACAUACUGCUGGUCAACCUACUCAUUGCUGUGUUCAAUAAUACAUUCUUUGAGGUGAAGUCCAUCUCCAACCAGGUGUGGAAGUUUCAGCGCUACCAGCUCAUUAUGACCUUCCAUGAGCGCCCUGUGCUUCCUCCACCCCUUAUCAUCUUCAGUCAUAUAACGAUGGUCCUCAAGCACCUGUGCUGUCGUUGGCGCAAACAUGACGAUGACGAACGGGACUAUGGACUGAAGCUUUUUAUCACAGAGGAUGAGCUGAAGAAAGUCCACGACUUUGAGGAACAGUGUAUAGAAGAGUACUUCAGAGAAAAAGAUGACCGAUUCCACUCAUCUAAUGAUGAAAGGAUCAGAGUUACAUCAGAAAGGGUGGAGAACAUGGCAAUGCGCCUGGAGGAAGUAAACGAGAGGGAGCACUUCAUGAAGGCCUCCCUGCAGACUGUUGACAUUCGUCUUGCACAAAUGGAGGAGAUGAUUGGACGAAUGGCUGCAGUGCUAGAGCGUGUGACGGGCGUUGACCGUGGUGAGGGCCAAAAAGCACGUUCGCGGACUUCUUCUGACUGCACAGACUCAGCAUACAUACUCCGUCAAAGCAGUUUCAACAGCACAGAGGGCAAUGCCUACCGCUUACAGGAAGCACUGGAGGGAGUAGCAGAGGGCUCCAUGUCCCCUCCUUCUCCUACUGGCAUGGCUACACGGACAAGGAGCCACUCAUUUUAUGUUGGAGGUGGGCGUGGGGUUGAAAGAGCAAGUGCACCUGAAAGAGCUGACAGCUUCUUCAAAGAACGAUCACUUAGUCUCCACCGAGCCAACAGCUCACAAUCGGUGUCCUCGGGAGCCGCCACCAAGGAAUCAAAGCCCCUCCCCUUGGCAACGCUUUCAGUCUGCCAACAGCACCGUCCAUCAUCAUGCAUUGAUAUCUAUGUGUCAACAUCUGAGGAGGUAGGGCCUGCUGAGGUCUUCCUGAAUCCACUCCGUGUAGUUCCACCCCUACAGAGAGACUCCUCAGUCCAGUCUGAUACCAUGGAGAUGGUGCUGCAGGCAAGCCGGGACUAUAGCAGUGCUACCACAAGUGGGCUGGGUGAGAGGUUCUCAGAGAUUGGGGCGUGCAGCAGCGUAACAGCUGGAGGCAUGUUUGAUGAUAGUGCGGCUGUUGAUUUGUCACUGUGCUCAGCUCAUCUCUUACCAGACACCGUAUUACCAACUUGGGACAUAGAACCUUCACCUCCGCCUUCAGCAGGGCUGCUUGAGCGCUCCAAGAGCAGCCGCUACCUCUCCACAAUAGGUACAUCUUUCCUGGAUGAGCCUCCUUUGGUCAAAUCCCACAGCCUCAUGUUCACACCAAGAGGCUGCUACAGUGGACUCGGGGCAGGAGUCCAGGUAAAAGCAGCAGAGUACACCAGCAUCACGGACUGUAUUGACACACGGUGUGUUUCAUCUCCCUACACUCCUGUAGAACGCUCUCACUCUCCUGGAGCAUCCACUUCAUUCCCCUUUGACAAACCCCCAGAAGUGGCUUGCUCUCAUCCUGAAAGAGAAGCAGAGCUCAGUCACACAGAGUCUGAUCCAGAGGACCCUGAAGACAUGAUUCCGGUCCAUGAUGCUCCUCAUCUUGGUGGCCUUAGUGGACCUAGCGGGGCCCCUCUCUGCUCCCCCUUCUCCAGACUGGAGAGAGCUAACAGCUGUUCUUCAGAUGACUCCCAUCAUUCUCUCACGCUGGCUCCUCCGCACCGGAAGAGCCUGUCAGUGAGUGAGAGGAUGGAGAGAGGACCGAGUUUGGGAGCAGACAGGGGACCUGUUCCAGGUGGCCGGGGUUUAGGAGGAACCAGGAAUCCAUUUCUUCGGAGCAAGUCUGGAGCUCGGCCUGAACCAGCCAAGACAGACAGCCUUUCCAUGAAGAAGUUGGCUGCCCCAUCAGCUUUUCGCAGCUUUGAAAGACAAAACUACACAUGACAAGGCCACUGGUCACCAUCACAGUCACACUAUGGAAGGAUCAGGAGAGAAAACUGAAACAGCCAAGGGCAAAGUGAAAGUAGGACGAAGUUGCCCAUAGAUGCAGGACUAGUUUUAUAAUUUCUUCUCUUAGGUUUUAGGUGAGAAAAGGUAUUAAAAA